AUUAUAUUUUAUAAUGGCCGACAACGAAGAAGUAUUAGAGGGAUUUAUCUGUCCAAUAUGCAUGACAGAUUUCAAAACACCUAAUCAAUUAACAAAACAUUUUGAGGAUUUUCAUAACGAUGAUCCAGAAAUUUUAAAAUCGCUUAAAGAUCUUUUUGGCAAGGCUAAAAAGAAAAUUUUAAAGCAAGAUGAAAUGUCAGAUUCCUUUGCAAAUAAUAUACCAUCAACUAAUAGACAACUUAGCCCAGAACUUAAUUGGGGACCUCAAGAAAUAGGUGCAAUGAGAUCGCAUACAAAAUAUUUUAAAGAUAUAAGAAAUAUGAGAUUGGAGCGUUAUUCUAUAGAAACAAAUAAACUUCUUAUAAGAUUAGAUAAAUUACUGAACAAUUUACCAUCUGAUCCAGUUGAUAGGAAAGUUCAUGAACGCACUAUUGUGCCAUGGAUAGAUGAAAAAGAUGUAAAAUUGUGCCCUACUUGUGCAAAAAGCUUUCAUGUUGCAAGAAGAAAACACCAUUGUAGACUUUGUGGAGCUGUUAUGUGUCACAACUGUACAAUAUUUCUAUCAUUACAAGAUGCAAGAAAAAUGACAAGCCCUGUAUCCGUACAAGAUGAUUCAGCAGUAUCUCCUACCUCUGAACGACCAAUUACGGAACGUAUAGUACGUGCAGGUAUAGGUCUUACAAAAUUGGCGAGGUCACCAUCCAGUGGUAGUUUAAACAGUGUACUAUCCUUGGUUAACGAUUCAACAGGCAGUGAGCAACAUUUCAGAAUUUGUACACAUUGUGCAAAUCUACUUAAUGCAAGAGAAAAACAAAAAGCAAAACAUUUUGAUAAACCAAUAGUAUGUCAAUUUUAUGAUAAGAUGAGAGCAUAUAUGAAAGAAGCAUCGCAACACGUGGAAAUGUACAACAAAAUGUGGGAAUCAUUAAAUGAGGGAGAAUCUACAUAUAAUUUAGAAGAUGCUCAAGCUUUAAGAAUUAAAAUCGCAAAAUUAGGCGAAAAUAUAGAUUUAAUUAGCAAAAGAAUUUCAGUACUCGGAACAAGAUGUGUAGAGAAUCCCCCGCAAGAUCAAGAACUUCGAUUACAUCAUAUGGUUAGGAUGUCUGCGAUGAUAUUUUUAAAAGAAGAACUACUGAGCGUACAAGCUUUGCCUUCGGAAGAGAGAUAUGCAGAAUUACAGAAAGAACGGCAAAGACGUUUAGAAGCUAGAAUUGCAUACGAACGACAAUUGGAGGAAGAACAAAGAGAGAGAUCUAAAGAACAACGUAAAAAGGAUUCGUGGAAUCUUGAAGUUAGACCUACUGUAAAAGAAAAUCAGCCUAAUGCAGUGGUACUAAAUCAAUCACAAGGUUGGGGUCCUUCUAGCAUUACUCCCAUAAUGCCAUCUUCUAUGGAUCCUAUAAUUGAACAAAUGAGUAAUCUUCGAGCGUAUAUUAAGCAAGCUAGAGCUGAUUACAGAUAUGAUGAAGUAGCAACAUUAGAAAACAAUCUUAAAGAGCUUCAAAGCGCCUAUUUUACAAUGAAACAAAGUAAUAAUAGCGAUGGAUAA